AUGACAAAGAAAAAGAGAAGGAGAAAAUUUACAGACCGAGCAAAACGCCUAAAAGACAAACUAAGGAAGAGACAAAGUAGAGGGCGUUUAUCUACGAAUGAAUUAGGGACUACACAAGAAACACAAGAAAAAGAGCAUUUAUCUACCAGUGAAUUAGGGACUACACAAGAAAGAGAAGGUUUACCUACCAGUGAAUUAGGGAUUACACAAGAAAGAGAGCGUUUACCUACCAGUGAAUUAGGGAUUACACAAGAAAGAGAGCGUUUACCUACCAGUGAAUUAGGGACUACACAAGAAAGAGAAGGUUUACCUACCAGUGAAUUAGGGAUUACACAAGAAAGAGAGCGUUUACCUACCAGUGAAUUAGGGACUACACAAGAAAGAGAAGGUUUACCUACCAGUGAAUUAGGGAUUACACAAGAAAGAGAGCGUUUACCUACCAGUGAAUUAGGGACUACACAAGAAAGAGAAGGUUUACCUACCAGUGAAUUAGGGAUUACACAAGAAAGAGAGCGUUUACCUACCAGUGAAUUAGGGACUACACAAGAAAGAGAAGGUUUACCUACCAGUGAAUUAGGGAUUACACAAGAAAGAGAGCGUUUACCUACCAGUGAAUUAGGGAUUACACAAGAAAGAGAGCAUUUAUCGACCAGUGAAUCAGGGAUUACACAAGAAAGAGAGCAUUUAUUGACCAGUGAAUUAGGGGAUAGACAAGAAAUAGAGUGUUCAUCUAACGGUGAUUCAACCAUGAAGGUCAAGAGACAGAGCCAUGCUACAAAAGCCGCAAAGAUGAGGGUCUAUAGAGCAACCGUCCUUAAGUCCAGAAUGGAGACAACCAAAGGGACACAAACCAAGGCCAGCAAAACCAAGAAGAGGAAAGACUCCUUGCCAUCUUCUCCAAAUGAUAUCAGCAAACCCAAAAAGAGGAAGGGCCCCUCGCCGUCUUUUCCAAAUGAUAUCAGCAAACCCAAAAAGAGGAAGGGCCCCUCACCGUCUUUUCUAAAUGAUAUCAGCAAACCCAAAAAGAGGAAGGGCCCCUCGCCGUCUUUUCCAAAUGAUGUCGGCAAACCCAAAAAGAGGAAGGGCCCCUCGCCGUCUUUUCCAAAUGAUGUCAGCAAACCCAAAAAGAGGAAGGGUUACUUGCCGUCUUUUCCAAAUGAUAAAGAAGUUAAAGGAAAUAAAAAAGUCAUCAAGUCUAGUCAGAAGAGAAGAGUCGCACCCAAAAAGAAACCGGACUACGAAUCAUCUUCCUCUGUCUCCGACGAUGAGACUGAUGACUCAGAUGAUGACAACAGUAUAAGUCCUAGUGUCCUCGCAAGGCUAGCUUUACCUUGGAAUAUACACCCACUAAGCAGCUUAAAUGACCUCAGAAAGAAAAUGUCCUAGUAAAAUAGACUCAGGGAGGGGGAUCAUCCACAGAUCCUGUAAUCAGGGAGGGGGAUCAUCCACAGCUCCUGUAAUCAGGGAGGGACUUUUGUUAGGGAGAUGUGUCGGAGAGAAGGAAUGAACCAAAGCCUCCGGACAUCAAACAGAAAUAAUCUACACCUGUAGAAACAUCAAACAACAGUGUUCAGAAAGUUAAUAUUCCUGGAAUAACAGAGGUUGUAAAAAUUUUAGAUUGAUACAAUCUGAUAGAAUAAUUGUUUGCACUGACAAUUUAGAGAAUGAAGAAAGAAAUAUGAAUAAAUGGAAGUGUCUUUAGGAAGACAGCAUUUACUAAAAAAUUACAUCAAAGCAGCAGAAACUUAGUCAAGGCAUUGUAAACUCAGACUUGCUGUAGAAGAAACACAUUUAUGUAUAUAUAUUAGAGUUGUAAGACUUCAUUAAAUUGUACUGGUCAGACCGGUUCGAUCACCCGCAGUGGCUUAGUAGAGCACCAGACUAGUCAUUAGGGGGACCUAGGUUAGAAUCCUGGUCCGACCUGACAGGUUGGAUCACCUGCGGUGGCUUGGUAGAGCACCAGACUAGUCAUUAAGGGGACCUAGGUUAGAAUCCUGGUCUGACCUGUCACAUUUCUCAUUACUGCUUACAGUACAUGCAGCUGGUUCCUGUAAAUUUUGACAUGAUGUGCAGUGUUGGUCAUAGAUAAUUUACUGGUUCAAAUGUGUAUUUAAAUUUUAAUUUCAAUAAUAAAAACGGUGGUUUUACAUUUUGAACUUUAAUUUUUCUCUUUAGAAAUUUAAAUGAUAAUCUAAGCACUGGUAUACUUGUCUUGAAGAUCUGUGUAUUGGAGUAAGUUUAACUCUGUUUUUUUAAGUGAUCUUUUUAAUACCAGUAGAUUAUAAUGAGAAUAUUUAAAAAAGCUUUGUUUUGACAUUUUACAAUCACUUCAUAUUUAUAACUGUAUUAGAUCAUUUUACUGUAAAGCCUUGCUUAUAACAGUCCUCAUUAUAAUUCUGCUGGACAGAAGUUAGACUUGUUAUAGAUUGUAGAGGGAACAGAUCUGGACAUUUGUUGUGUUCAGAUUAUAAAGGGCAGCUAUUGAAAACAUAAUACAAAAUAGUAUUUUUAGUAUCACUACGUCAGUGUUCCUGAGUCCACUUGUGGCCAUGGGACCACUGACAAAGUUCAUUAGCUUUACUGGUCAAAGACCAGAAAAGUUUAUGCAGUAGUAAGGUGUCCGUCAUCUGUCUGUCUGUAAACCUCAGUAAGAUUAAUAAUUCUGUAUCAGAUUUUGAUUUCAAUGAAUGGUGUUGCCAUGGUUACUGAAAUAUAAAUUUCUGUGAAAUACUUUCGAAAUGCUACUCCUCAUACAGUUUUUGUCUUAUUUCAAUCUAAUUUGGCACACAAGAAGAUCACACUAAGUUAUAUAAUUCUGUUUAUUGUUUUUUUUUAUUUUGGUAAUUUGUGUUGCCAUGGUUACCUACAUAGAAUUUUCUGUGAAAUACUUUCAAAAACUCUAUUUCUCCCACACUUUUGGUGUGAUUUUGAUACAAUUUGGAAUGCACAUCUUAAACUACACUAUGAUACAUAAUUCGUAUUAUCUUUAAUGAUUUUAAUGAACAGUUUUGCCAUGGUUAUUGAAAAUAAAAAUUUCUGUAAAAGUCUUUCAAAAGGCUUCUCCUCCAACAGUUUUAGUCUGAUUACUAUAAAUCCUGCUAUCUUGAAGUCUGUCAGGGAUCAUACAGUCAUCAGUGAACUUUGACCCUGACCUUGUGGGGAUCUAUUGUAUGUAGGAAUUUGAUGCAUAUUUUGGGUUUCAAUACUAUGAAUUUAUUUGUACAUGUAAAUUGUUCUUUAGAUACACAUGUAUUUGUAAUUUCGUGUGUAUAUAUAUUUAUUAGUUAAACUUUACCAUCAUUGUUUCUUAAAUUUUCUGUCUGCUAAUUUUUAACUAGAAUGUUUUAUACUGCAUUUGCCAUUUUCACAGCACUUGUACUAGUUAUUGUAUUUAGUCUAUUGCAUUCUGAGCUAAAAAGCAACUUGCAUUAAUGUAAUUUUUUCUGUAAGCAGUGUAUCUUAGCUACAUAAAACUAAAAUAUCA